AUGAGCGACGCCUCCAGUAUGGACAAGCACGAGAAAGACUCGGGCAUGGCUGUCGCAGCCGUCUCGCCAGCAACGACAACCCUCAAACGCAACAUCGGCCCGCUCUCUAUCGUCGGCUUGGGCAUGAGCAUCUGUAACGGAUGGGCUGCGAUGUCGUCCACCAUCGUCGUAGGACUCAGUCAAGGCGGGACGGUCACCGUGCUCUACGGGUUAAUUGGCGUCGCUAUCAUCAACGUUUUCCUUGCCUUGUCGCUGGGCGAGUUUGCAUCUGCCUAUCCCUCGGCAGGAGGCCAGUAUGUCUGGUCGGCUAUUCUUGCUGGUCCUCGUACACGACGCGCGAUCUCCUUUGCGACUGCUUGGACGAACAUCUUCUCCUGGAUCACUAUCACCGCCUCGGUCGUCAUUAUUCUAAGCGAAGUCAUCUUCGCCGUCGUCCAGCUCUACCACCCCGACUUUGUCAUCCAGCGCUGGCAGGUCUAUAUGAUCUACCUCGCCACGAACUUUGCCUCGGUCGCCUGGAACAUCUUUGCGGCUGCGCGGACGCCGUGGGUCGGCAAGGCUUUCUUCUACUUCUCCACCCUUGUCUUCCUCGUGAUUACGAUCGUCGUGGUCGCCAAGGCGCCGACCUACAACGACAACAAGUUUGUCUGGGCGACCUACACGAACGAGAUCGGCUGGAGCUCGUCCUUCGUCGUCGUCAUGACGGGUUUGGUGAACCCUUCUUACCUGUACGCUGGCCUCGACGGCGCGAUCCACCUCGUCGAGGAAGUCAAGCGACCCGAGAAGGCGGUCCCGCUCGCCCUUCUGUCGACCGUCGGGAUGGGCUUCGUCACCGGCAUGGCUAUCUCGGUCACGCUGAUCUACUGCGUCCAAGACCUCAAUGCAGCGCUCGCCAGCGAGCUGCCGUUCCUCGAGAUCAUCGUUCAGGCGACGGGCAGCAAGGCUUGCGGAACGGUCCUCAUGGUUGCCUUCCUCCUCUGCCUCUUUGUCUCGGCCAACUCGGUGCAUCAGAGCACAAGUCGCCUCAUCUGGUCCUUCGCACGCGACAACGGCCUCCCCUUCGCCGACAAGCUCACCUACGUUCACCCGCACUUCCGCGUUCCGAUCCUCCCUCUCCUCCUUUCCGGCCUGGGCGUGACCAUCCUCGGCGCGCUCUACUGUGCCUCCACAACCGCCUACGGGUCCAUCAUCUCGACCUGCAUCAUCCUCGGCAAUAUCUCGUUCGCCAUUCCCGCCACUCAGCUCCUUCUCCGGAAGAGGGAGAUGAAGCGCGAUAGGUGGAUGCGUCUUGGGUGGCUGGGAGGAGUCUCGAAUGUCGUGACUAUCUUGUUCUGCCUCCUCACGACUGUCAUGUGGCUCUUCCCGCUCACGCCCAACCCGAAGCCGAUUGACAUGAACUACGGCGCGGCAGUCCUCGGCGGUAUGGCCCUCCUCGCCCUCAUCGACUUCCUCUUCGUGCGGAAGUCUUUCCACGGCCCGACGUCCGACGAGCUCUUCGCGAAGAUUUCCAACGUCGAGGAGGAAUGA